CUACCCCCCGACCAGACCGACCGCGUCGUCUCCACCAGCCAGCCAGCCACCACAUCGAACCAGCCAGCGGCCUAGGGUUUCCGCGCCAAGGAGCGAGCGACGAGGCAUGACGACGGCAGCGCGCCCGACCUGGGCUCCGGCCAAGGGCGGCAACGAGCAGGGGGGCACCCGCAUCUUCGGGCCCUCCCAGAAGUACUCCUCCCGCGACCUCGCCGCGCACACCUCCCUCAAGCCCAGGAAAGAGGGCCAGCAGACCCAAGAGGAGUUACAAAAGAGGAACCUCAGGGAGGAACUUGAGGAACGUGAGCGCAAGCACUACUCUUCCAAGGAUAAGUCCUACGCUGAAGAGAGAGACCGGCGGAAAAGUUCAAGCCAGCUACUCUUAGAAGGUUCAAAGAGAGAUGCUGAAGAUAAGAUAGUUCCACGAGAAAUCGAUGCAGAUGACUCCGAUGUGGAGCCUAAAAGUGACGACGAAAGCGAUGAAGAUGAAGAUGACGAUGACGAUGACACGGAAGCACUAAUGGCAGAGCUUGAGAGGAUUAAGAAAGAAAGAGCUGAGGAGAAGCUUAGAAAGGAGCGCCAACAAGCAGAAGAGGAGGCCAAGAUGAAGGAGGCUGAACUGAUGCGGGGAAACCCUUUGAUCAAUAUCAACAAUCCUGGCUCCUUCAGCGUUAAGAGAAGGUGGGAUGAUGAUGUGGUGUUCAAGAACCAGGCACGUGGAGAGACCAAGACUCCAAAACGGUUCAUCAAUGACACCAUCAGAAGUGAUUUCCACCGCAAAUUUCUGCAGAGGUACAUGAAGUGAGGCUUCUGCUGUGUAUGGUUGAACAUGUCCCUGCUGUAGUAUGUCAGGGCCUUGUUUGGGGGCUCAUCAUCUUGUGAUGAUAGAUGUUUGUGUACGAGUGAGAGACCAUUGUGCUGUAUGAAAUAACUUGCCCUUUAAAGAUGCGCUUUGUCUCAAGUCUGAAAUGAUACCUAAACCCUUUACCAGAUGGGGAAGGUAAAGGAAGCUAGCGCGCUUUGUAUAUUUGAUGAUGUGGUGAAUGUGGGACAAAGCUGCAGAAAUCCUUAGAAGCAUUGCGGCUGUACAUGGUUUGUUUUAA